CAUGACAUAAAAGUUGUCUUGGAAACUGCUGUUUGAUUGAAUUGGAAGGAGGAUUCAGCCACGAAGGUGCAGACAAGUUUGUUUUUAGGUCGUCCCCGCUGUGAACUGCCAGUGGGUAGAGAAUUUUGAAAUUUUAACGAGAUCUCCCAAAUUGCCUGCCUCGGAAUUCUAAACGGAGUUGGCCAACCGCAUGAAUCUUCGCGGCUUACUAACGUGACUGGGACGGUGUGCGCGGGCUUGGGCUUCAAAAGUACCAUCAUCAUGACCCAACAAGGAGCAGCUUUGCAAACCUACAACAACGAACUCGUCAAGUGUAUAGAGGAGUUGGUCUCCAAGCGCGAGGAGCUCCAGCGUCAGAUCCAGCAGGAGGAGGAGGAGAAGGGCCGUCUGCAGCACGACAUCCGCGUGCUGACCGACAAGCUGAGCCGCGUCAACGAGAGCCUGGCCCGACGCCUGGCCGCACGCGCAGACUUCGACCGCACCAUCGCAGAGACCGAGGCUGCAUACAUGAAGAUUCUAGAAAGUUCUCAGACCCUGCUGAGUGUUUUAAAGAAGGAGACGGGAAACUUGACCAAGGCGACCGAACCCAGAGGAGGGAAAGAUCAUUGACUUUAUGCCCCUUCUUUUCUCCACCCACUACGUUUCACCAUGUGAUCUGUGCGAAUACUAGCUAGCAUUCCACCCUGUACAUCCAGUCUCUUGUUUUGCACUUCUCUGCAUACUUCACUGUGUGUCUGUUGUGUCAUGUAUUGUCCCACAAAUUCUUUUAUUUAUAUUGAAUGUUUUUAAUAAAGAUUAUUUAGUGUGACCGAU